ACCGCGGGCGCGGUGCAGCAGCCGCGCGGUCCGGCGGGCGGGCCCGUCGCAUUGCCACUGCGAUCGGUAUAGUGGUCGGUCACUGGGCUCCGGCUCCGGCCGCGUUUUAGUGGUGGAUAACGCUCGCCGACACGAUCGCGCCUUCUCUUGAGCGCGCGCGCGCACGCACACACCACUUACUCUCACAAUAUCUCGCACCACCCGGGUCCCCGCCCCGCCCCGCCCGCCGCACGCCCUGCGGUACGCCCCCUUGUCGCGCGCGUGUCGAGGCCCGGGCCCGGCCGGCGGCGUCCCUUUCCCCGCGCGGUCGGCGGCGGGUGCGUCAGCGCGUCGUGUCGGGGGAGGAUCACGUGGCCCGGCGGGAUGCGUCGCUCCCGGUGAUAAGCACUGACCGCCGGGGCUGCGGCAGCAGGAGCGCGUCGACCGGCGCAGGAGAGUGAGCGCCCUGAGCACCAGAGCAGAGCACCGCGCCGCAGCCCGAGCUACCCCAGGCCCGGCGACAGCAGCGGCGGCGACCCACGCACCAGUCGCUCCGAGACACACAAGGCGCCAGCAUGGGCGACGUCGAGAAGGGCAAGGCCGCGGACCUGGCCGCCCAGAGGGCCAGGAGCUCGUCCGAGUUCCACCGGCACUCCCCGCUGCCCGUGGGGCCCAAGAACCUGCGCUGCGUCAUGCCGCAGAUCGUGGCCUCCAUCGUGGCCGGCCUCUUCAACAUCCCGGAGGGCUUGGCGCUGGCCUACUCGUCUGGGCUGAUUCCCAGCCUCAUGUCUGGAGACCCCGACGACGGCGAGAUCCACAUCACCCUGGAGCAGGGCGUGCUCAUCGCCAGCGUGAUGGUGGUCGCCAUGUGCCUCGGCACGUUCCUCACGGGUUUCGUGAUGAACCGCUUCGGGCGUCUCAACACCAUCCGCUACAGCUCCCUGCCGUUCGCCAUCGGCUGGUUCCUCGUGGCCUCCGCCUCCUCCUACGAGAUGAUCCUCAUCGGGCGCAUCCUCACCGGCAUCGCCAACCCGCUGGGUGUCAAUUCGGCCGUGGCCUUCAUCACGGAGGUGGCCAACCCGCACAUCCGCGGUGCGCUCAACAGCGCCAUGACGGUCCUCGCGUCGUUAGGCAUGGUGAUCAUGUACGUCCUGGGCGCCUCCAUGCACUGGAGGACGGCGGCCUGGUUCUGCGGCGCCUCGCCCUUCAUCGGCGUCCUGCUCAUGUAUUUCUUCUGCUACGAGAGCCCCAUUUGGCUCGUCUCCAAGGGGAGGCACGAGGAGGCCGGGCGCUCGCUGCGGGCCUACGCACGCUGCAAUCCCACCGAGGAGCUUAGGGAGAAGCUCCCGGAGCGACAGCUGGAGUGGCUGAUCCUGAAGAAGGAACACGCCGAGUCGCAGGCCGCCGGCAAGGAUCCCUGGUACUCCACCGUGCUGGACCUGUUCAGGACGCCGACGGGAUACAAACCGCUCCUCCUGCUCACCGCCGUGUUCCUGGCGCAGAACUUCAGCGGCGUGUACAUCACCCUGUUCUACGCCACCACCUUCUUCCAAGAAAUGGGCGUGACGUUCAGCGCGUUCCAGGCCGCCAUCUUCAUCGGCCUGACUCGGCUGGUGGUGGGCAUCCUGGCCAUCGGUCUGAUCCGGGGGGUGGGCAUCCGCAAGCUGAUGGUGGGCUCGUCCUUCGGCAUGGCCGUGUGCAUGGUGCUGUCCGGCUACUUCACGCUCUACAAGGAGAAGUCCAUGGGCGGCUUCGUGCCCGUCGGCUUCGUCCUCCUGUACGUCGCCUUCUCCUGCUGCGGCCUGCUCACCGUGCCCUGGACCAUGACGGCCGAGCUGUUCCCGGACCGGCUGCGCGACGUCGGCCAGUCCUUCACCAUUUUCAUCGCCGACAUGCUCAUGUUCGCCGGCCUGCAGCUCUACCCGACCCUUAUGGACGUGCUGAGGUACGGCGAGAUCACGGGCUCCGUGGGUAUCCAGUGGUUCUUUGCCGUGGUGGCGCUCCUCAACGUCGUCCUGGUCAUCUUCUUCUUGCCCGAGACGCACGGCAAGUCCCUGUCGGAGCUCGAGGAGCACUACGAGCACAACAUGAUGUGGCUCGGCCGCACCAAGCCCGACCGACUCGACAAGCUCCACGACGCGUCCGUCGUCGUGCCCACGAUCUGCGCCAGCGUGGACGCCGACGGCGUCACCGUGCUCAGCACGGUCCUCGCCGUGCCCGACGCGAGGAACGCCACGGUCCUCUCGAGCGGCGACAGCUACAGGCUGUCUCCCACCAGUGCCUGAGGGAGGUUCAAGUCAAGCAGCCCCUACCUGGGCGACCCGGCGCCCGGCUCCUCCUUAACACGUUCAGUGCGGCGUGACCCACACCGUGGGUCCCAUUCACAUGGGAUUGCCUACCCCGCCGCACUCAACGUGUUAACGCUGCGGUGCCACACCUGAUACUCAAACGUAGUCUUAAGACGAUAAGUAAUAAGUACUCUAGCCUUCGAGUCAUUUUAAGUGCCAUUCCUAGCUAGGCCACCUGUUUAGUAUUCCUGCCGAGGUAGUUAGAAAUAACAAAUAACAUGGGUGAUAUGCAGCAACUGCUGCCUUACUUUACAAAACUGUCAUGAAGUAUUUAUUAGCCGUAAUGGCUCAAUGUUAAAUUAAGGAAUCUGUCCAUUUUGUGAAUAUGAACAUUGUUGUAUUAUAGUUGUAAAUUGUACAUAACGAAGAUUCGUGAUAUUUUGUAAUAAAACCAUGAUUCGAACAA